UUCAAAACAGGUGCGCGAAAUCUAUCAAGCGCCUAAUGAAGACACUGACGAAAAAAGGACGUAAAACAAUCGAACGAUCACAUCAAAUGAGUUUGAAAGUUGCGACAGAACACAAACAUGGAUGAACUACAGAAACUUGAGCAUCUCUCUCUGGUUUCCAAAGUAUGCACAGAACUUGACAACCAUUUGGGGAUGAAUGACAAAGAUUUAGCUGAAUUCAUCAUAGCCCUUGCAGAGAAGAAUGACACCUUUGAAGCUUUCAAGAAAGUAUUACUAGAAAAUGGAGCAGAAUUUGGGGAUUCACUGAUUGCUAACCUGCUUCGACUGAUACAAAAGAUGAAGCCCAAGCCACAGAAGCACAUCACUUCGGAGAAGAAAGUCUCACAAGAGUUAUCUGACCUGGAAAUGAAGAGAAAGCUCUUCCCUGGCCUGGCAUUACCCAACGACGUGAAAGAGAAAUCUCCGGAUUUGCCUGAGGACUGUGCUAAAGACAAAGAUGUUGCAGACAAUAUGAUGGGAGAGCUGGAGGCGUUGAUGACCACAGCCAAGACCAUGGGCAGCAAAAGCAAAGCCAAGGACAGUCGCAGUAGGAGCAGAUCACCCAAAAGGAAAAAGAAGAAAAAGUCACGCAGUAGAAGUCGUUCUCGUGACAGAUCAAGGUCAAGGUCACACAAUAAAUCAAGGUCAAGGUCACGAGAUAGAAAGAGGAAGAAAAAAAGGGAUCGCUCAUACAGUAGGAGUAGGAGCAGAAGUGUGGAGAGAAAAGAUCGGAACAGGGAGGAGAAGUACAGAGAUAAAGACAAUCGGAGGGACAAAAAGUCAGAGAAAAACAGGGGUCAUGAGAUGCCAGUGGAGGUGGAAGUGGGGCAGAUAUACUCUGGGCGAGUUACCAGCAUCAUGCAGUUUGGCUGUUUUGUGGCUGUUGAGGGGGUCAGAAAGAAGAGUGAAGGACUCGUGCAUGUUUCACAGUUACGUCGUGAAGGACGCGUGUCGGCUGUCUCUGAUGUAGUACAGAAAGGUCAGAGUGUCAAGGUCAAGGUCCUCUCAUACACCGGUAACAAGAUGAGUCUGUCCAUGAAGGAUGUAGACCAAGGUACAGGCAGGGAUCUCAACCCCAAACAGACGUCUGAAAUUACUGGGGGCGAGAAAGACAUCGUAAAUGAGCUUCGGAACCCAGACAGGCCUUCAGCUGUACCGCUUGUUUCGAUACCGGAGCAGAACGAGACCACCGACAGGAAGAGAGUGCAGCGCAUGUCUUCACCAGAGAAGUGGGAGUGGCAGCAGAUGAUGGCCGCUAACGUGGUCGAUGUCUCGGAGUUGCCGGACUUUGACGAGGAGACAGGAGUACUCCCCAGAGAUGAUGACUCUGAUGAGGACAUUGAGAUUGAAAUGGUGGAAGAAGAGGCCCCAUUCCUAGCAGGCCAUGGCAAACAAAGUCUGGAUCUCAGUCCUAUCAAGAUAGUCAAGAACCCAGAUGGUUCGCUGUCCCAGGCCGCCAUGAUGCAGUCGGCGCUGCAGAAGGAACGUCGUGAGAUCAAGCAGCAGCAGCGUAGAGCCGAGAUGAACUCUGUACCUAACACCUCUAGCAGUGAGUGGCAGGACCCCAUGGCCGACGGUGAGAGAAAGCUGGGAUCUCGUGGUAUCGGUUCCCAGCCUGCAGACCUGCCGGAAUGGAAGAAGCACAUCACGGGCGGGCAAAAGGCUUCCUACGGCAAGAAAGAGAAAAAGUCCAUCCUGGAACAGAGGCAAAGUUUGCCGAUAUAUAAACUCAAAGAUGAGCUGGUCAAGGCAGUGAAUGACAACCAGGUGUUGGUGGUGAUUGGGGAGACCGGGUCAGGCAAGACAACCCAGAUAACUCAGUACCUGGCAGAGGCAGGCUACACUACACGCGGUAAAAUUGGUUGUACGCAACCCCGUCGUGUGGCCGCCAUGUCCGUGGCAAAACGUGUGUCAGAAGAGUUUGGCUGCAGGUUAGGACAAGAGGUUGGCUACAUGAUCCGUUUCGAAGACUGCACCAGCCCUGAGACCAAGAUCAAGUACAUGACUGAGGGUAUGUUGCUGCGUGAGUGCCUGAUAGACCGGGAUCUCACGCAGUACGCAAUCAUCAUGCUGGACGAGGCUCAUGAACGUACGGUGCACACCGAUGUGCUCUUUGGACUCCUGAAGGAGGCUGUGAAGAAACGUAAAGAUCUCAAGCUGAUAGUCACGUCUGCUACUCUGGAUGCUGUGAAAUUCUCGCAGUAUUUCUUCGAAUCACCCAUAUUUACGAUACCUGGUCGCACCUACCCGGUGGAGAUCCUGUACACAAAGGAGGCGGAGACCGACUACCUGGACGCCUCCAUGAUAACAGUCAUGCAGAUCCACCUGAUGGAGCCCCCUGGUGACAUCCUGCUGUUCCUGACAGGCCAGGAGGAGAUUGACACGGCCUGUGAGAUCCUGUAUGAGCGUAUGAAGGCCCUGGGACCCGAGGUACCUGAGCUGAUCAUCCUACCUGUGUACAGCGCCUUGCCCAGCGAGAUGCAGACCAGGAUCUUUGACCCCGCACCACCUGGGUCCAGGAAAGUAGUCAUUGCAACAAACAUUGCGGAGACCUCCCUCACCAUUGACGGUAUAUACUACGUGGUGGACCCAGGCUUUGUGAAGCAAAAGGUGUACAACUCCAAGACUGGCAUGGACCAGCUUAUAGUGACACCCAUAUCACAGGCCCAGGCCAAGCAGCGUGCAGGUCGCGCCGGCAGGACUGGACCAGGCAAGUGUUACCGGCUGUACACCGAGAGGGCGUACAGAGAUGAGAUGCUGCCCACCGCCGUGCCAGAGAUACAGAGGACGAACCUUGCCAGUACCGUCCUGUCAUUGAAAGCGAUGGGUAUCAACGACCUGCUGACGUUCGACUUCAUGGAUGCUCCGCCUAUGCAGACCCUGGUGUCGGCCAUGGAACAGCUGCAUGCUCUCAGUGCUCUGGAUGAUGAGGGGCUGCUUACCAGGCUCGGACGCAGGAUGGCAGAGUUCCCCCUGGAGCCCAUGCUAUCCAAGAUGCUCAUCAUGUCUGUACAGCUGGGCUGCUCAGAUGAAAUCCUCACUAUAGUGUCCAUGCUGUCUGUACAGAAUGUCUUCUACAGACCCAAGGACAAACAAGAUUUGGCAGAUCAGAGGAAGGCUAAAUUCCACCAGAUAGAAGGUGACCAUGUAACCCUCCUGGCGGUGUACAAUGCGUGGAAGAACAACAAGUUCUCCAGCCCCUGGUGUUUUGAGAACUUUGUUCAGGUGCGCACCUUGAAGCGUGCCCAGGACGUACGCAAACAAAUGCUCGGCAUAAUGGACAGACACAAGCUCGAUGUGGUGUCAUGUGGGAAGGCAACCUCCAAGGUACAGAAGGCAAUCUGCAGUGGUUUCUUCCGAAACGCGGCUAAGAAGGACCCUCAGGAAGGCUACAGAACACUAGUGGACAGUCAGGUGGUGUACAUCCACCCUUCCAGUGCUCUCUUCAACAGACAGCCAGAGUGGGUGAUAUACCAUGAACUCGUGAUGACCACCAAGGAGUACAUGCGUGAGGUCACGGCUAUGGACCCCAAAUGGCUGGUGGAGUUUGCCCCCAAGUUCUUCAAGUUCUCCGACCCCACACGGCUCAGCAAGCAAAAGAAACAGCAGAAGAUUGAGCCCCUCUACAACAAAUAUGAGGACGCCAACUCCUGGAGAAUUUCACGUGCCUUCAGAAAGUUUCACACAAAAGUUACUUUCUGAGUGUUUUACGUCAUAUUACUGGCUUUACAUGGAGUUCCACGCACAAGUUACAAUGUGACUUCCUGGUUAUUUCACAGGCCUUCAAAACGUUUCACUCCAAAGUCACUUUCUUAGUUUUCAAUAUCCAGGUUUCCUGGAACUUUUGUACAAUGGUUACUGGCUGUGUUUUAGAUUAUUUCACAGGCUUUCAGAGAGUUCAGUGCAAAAGUUUCUUUCUGAGUUUUCUGGAUCAUGAUACAUGAACAACAGUCAUGGAGUUCCACACAAAAGUUACAUUCUUAGUUGUCCAGGUCAUUUUACCAGCUUUCAGGAAUUUAAAUUCUCAGUUAAAUUCUGAGUUUUCUCAACCAGAAUAUUGGAUGUUUCGUUUAGUAGAAAAGUACAUGUAUCUAUGCACGAUUCCAAAGUUUUACUCUAAAAUUGUUGCCCUGACAGUUGGUUACUGUAAUUUAAUAGUAUUUAAUAGAAAUGGUUUAGAAAUAAUGGGUUUGUAUAUUUUGCAUUAACGGAAUGAAAAGGUAAACGCAAAGUAUUCAAUCAAGGUAUUUAAUAGAGAUUUAGUUUAAAUUCAUCUCAGAAUCAUGAAUGGUUCUUCGUGUUGUUUAAAAGGCACCAUGAGGGAGGCUUUUAUUACACUGAUAAGUGUUCACUGUUGUAAGUUUAUAUGCUUCAUCCAGGUUGGGGAAACAACUUAAAUACAAAUAAAAGCAUUGUUGAGGUGCCUAAAAUGCAUGUAGACCAAUAGAUUCAAUGUAGAUUCUGUUAAUUGGGCUGUUAUUAUUGUACUGGUGAAGCCUGGUCUGCUUCUAUGCCAUGUAUAUGGUUUAGGUUUAUUCAAUAUACAAUACCGGUAUGUACACUUUUCUAAUAUCAUCAUAGAAGGAACAUUAAAAAAAAGAUAUUCAUCCUCAAGAACAUUGAAUAUCAAUGUUGACAUUUUCUCGCUUAAAAAGGUAUAGAUUCAGUUUUAUUCCAUCUUCAUGAUUCAAUGCCUAAUCUAAGAGAUGAAACUCUUAAUAUACUAAUAUCAAAUGUAACCUUAUUUAUGCUAACAUUUUCUAUGUUAUAUGUUUGUUUACCAAACCAUUAUCAUUUCUUUACACAUAAGCCAUCUGUUUGAUAAUGGGAGGCGGAAAACUACAACGGGCGAGGCAUGGUAUGGUAUUGCGCAAGGGGGGGUUAGGGUUUGGGUUAGUGUUAGGGGUCGGGUUAGGGUUUGGGUUAGCCUAAACCCAACCCUAACCCGACCCCUAACUCUUACCCUAACCCUAACUCUUACCCUAACCCUUUUUUGGGGUUAUCACCCCUGACCAUGCCUCGCCCGUUGUAGUUUUCCGCCUCCCUGAUCAAUAAAACUUCCAAUUAAGAUGUAAAAUAGAGCCGUGCAGUACAGUUGUAGUAUAAUUACAAGAUCUUUGUGUGACUGUUUGGUGUAAAUAAUGCUUAUUUGAUGAUACAUGUUUAUAUUUGGAUUUUAAAUGUGCAUUUAAAAUUAUACAUGAUAAUAAAAUAUGAAAAUCCA